AUGGGGACAGAGAAGCAAAUUCCCCCGGAACGGCCUGAUUUUUUAACGGACUCGUCUCUCCCAUCGGGACGCCACCACGGGAAGACCCAUUUUGUCAUUGUUGGUGCUGGAAUUAUUGGGGUGUGCUCAGCAUUUUAUCUAACGAGACACCCGAACUUUGAUCCAGAAAAACACCACAUCACAAUUGUCGAGAGCAAGCGUGUUGCUGGAGGAGCCUCGGGCAAGGCCGGAGGUUUGCUGGCGUUAUGGGCGUUUCCGCAACAGAUAGUGCCGUUGAGUUUCCAAUUGCAUCAAGACUUAGCUGCCGAAUUUAACGGCGAGAAGGAAUGGGGUUACAGAAGAUUGACCACGAUCAGCGUGGAGGGGGACAUCACAGAGACGCGAUUGAAGAACCUGGAUGUGAAGAAACGAGAACGAACUACCAAGAGAAGCCAACAGGCAGAGCAGGAUGCUACCGAGGUGAAAUCCACAAAAAUCACUAAAAAUACCAGGAAUUAUUCCAUGGAGAGCCAGAACUCUGCAGAUUCGAGUCCCGAUCUACCUGAGGGCCUAACCUGGAUCGACCAACGACUUAUAGAUGGAUGGAAUCAUUUGGGAAAUCAAAAUACAACUGCCCAGGUGCAUCCGUAUCAAUUUACAACACAUAUUCUGAAACAAUGCAUUGCAACAGGGGCUGUGGAGCUUAUCAUCGGCAAAGUGGAGGAUAUUAUCAUCGAUGAAGACUCGGGAGAGUGUAAGGGGGUGUCAUAUUAUCCUUCCACUGCCAAGGCCCAGUACGAUAAAACCGCGGACCAACUAGUGGAACUAAGUGCAGACAAAGUGGUCAUGUCUAUUGGACCCUGGACCUCCAAGAUUCUUGCAGAUUGUCCGAUUUCCGGAUUGCGUGCUCAUUCGAUUACUGUUCAGCCCGAAAACGAGGAAGACAUUUCGCCGUUCGCAGUUUUUACCGAGUUGCGUCUGAACAGGUACAAGUUCGUCAGCCCCGAGUUGUACGCUAGAAAAGACGAGGUGUACGUGUGUGGCGAAGGCGACGCCUCGGUGCCGAUCCCAGAAACAACCGACGAUGUUGAGAUCGUGACCGAGGAGUGUGAUAAGUUAUUCGGCUAUGUUUCCAAAGUUUCUCCAACAUUGAAAACCGGUAAAGUUUUAAAGAGACAGGCAUGUUAUUUGCCUGUUUUGGACGUUCCGUCCUCUUCCGGGCCUCUGAUUGGUGAGACUAAUGUCACGAACUUGUAUUUAGCAUCUGGACAUUCAUGUUGGGGGAUUAAUAACGCUCCGGCUACAGGUUUACUGAUGAGCGAGUUACUUUUGGAUGGCGAAGCAAAAAGUUGUGAUAUCAGCGCACUGGACCCAAGCUUGUACUUUGACGCUUCGCUAGUGUUUGACGAAGAUGCUGCGGAUGAGGAGGAAGAUGAAGAAGAUGAAUCGGACGACGAGGAAGACGAGGAAGACGAAGAGUCCUACGAUGAAUGA